CGAACACGGAGAUUAUAAAGAAAUCCAUUCCUUCUUCUUCUCCUUCCAUUUUGUCUUUGUUCACUUGCUUUCAUUUCACACACAAUUAAUAUUUCUUUUUUAAAUAUUUUAUUCCGUUUCUUUAAUAUUGAAGCUUGCAAUGCGUGCCCAGCCUAAGUAGUAUAUUAAUUAAACACUCAAUUCCAUUACCAAACUAUUCAAAGUCGCUUUCACCAAAAACCCGUUUUGUUUCUUGUUCCCUGUUUGGUUCUUCCUUUAAAUGCCAUUCAACUUCGAAGAAUCUCACGAGAUCUCUAUGCACUGCCUCUAACACUCAUUCUUCAAUGUUACUCUCAAAUCAUUGAGAGAGAGAGAGAUGAGUCAGCUCGGUUUGUUAUUGCAAGAACCGGUUCGGACUCAGAGGGAGACAAGAACGAUUCUAGGUUUGUUAAGGGAGCAAAUGGACGGUGUUGAUGGAGAGCCUCGUAGGAGGCGUAGUUUCAAAGAGCGGCUAGGAUUCAUCGGUUGUUGUGGGGCCACAUGGGGAUUUCGUUCUUCAACUCAAUCGUCGCAGCAACAACAACAGCAACUUCCGGAUACGGAUCCGAAUCAAGAUCCGAAUAUAUGCGUGGGCCCGGAGAUUCCGACGGGCUCGUCGAGUAUGAAUUUAGCGGCGGCGUUGUCGGCAGAGAGAGAACUCCGUGGACCGCCGGGAGAAACUAUCCCCGGUGCGGGAAGGACGCCGGGGACGCCGUGGAGAGUGUCGCUGAUGCGGUUGUUGGAGGAAACGGAAAACGGGGAAGCGGUGGCGGUAACGGCUGAGUUGGAAGGAAAAGUAGGCAGUGUGGCAGGGAAUGAUUCGGUGUGUUGCGUGUGCAUGGGAAGGAAUAGAGGUGCGGCGUUUAUUCCAUGUGGACACACUUUUUGCAGGGUGUGUUCUAGGGAGCUGUGGCUGAACAGAGGCUCUUGUCCCCUUUGCAAUCGUUCAAUAGUUGAGAUUCUUGACAUUUUCUAGAAUAUUCUUCGAGGAUCUGCCCGACGAUUGAAUAGAAUUAUGAUGAUUCCUUUGUCUUUUCUUUCAAUCUCAUUCAUAUGAUUGUUAUGAAUUUCAUUUCAUGUACUAUCUGUCACUUCUCAAAAUGUUUACUAGUAUUUUCUGUACAUACCUUUGUCUUUAUGCUACACACCUUAAGUUUGGGUGUACUAGUAAUAGUAGUAUACCGUGGUUGAAAAUUGAA